GUGUGAAAGUGUGUGUGCAUCCUGGAGAUCACAGCGCACAACUUGUCUCCACUCAGCUCCAUUGCUGUUGUUGACGCAGAGCUUUUACCAUGAACCUUUUCUGCUUCAGUCUGGAGGGCUCCACAGAAAGCAUUUAUGAACCAGCCUGCAGUCAAACAUUCACAGAGGCUGUGCCCAAAUCCCAGAGGAGCUCUUCCCUUCUGACACCAAAGCCCGAGUGGGGAAGUUCACACGCAUCCCUCCGUUCUGACGAACCUCGGAAUGAAACAAAGUUAAAACAGGAGAACAAACAGUUGUGUCUACCAAACUCAACUUUGGAAAAUACAACACGAGACAGAUUAAUCAGUCAUGCCUGCUGUGUGUCAUCUGCCAACAGGAGGGACUCGUCUUGUCAAAGGAAUGCCCAUAACAAAGCAGACACACAAGCUUUCUGUCACAAUAGCACCGUGGCAGGAGGCAGAGGAAAGGAGCUGAAGUGUGACAGGACAUGCACAGAUCAUCCAGCUCAGAAGACUGAAUCUGCAGCCGACACCGCAGAAUCAACCCAAACAACAAGAAGGCUGACGAAGUUACAGAGUCUGCUCCAGGCGGAAGCUGGAAGAGGGGAGAACACAUAUAAUUCAACAGAUGCAUUGAGUAACACCAACCCAGUGUUGACCAGAGUGUUCAACCUUGGGAGGACAGCAAAGAAGCUUUGUGAAAAUGCUCCAUCGCCGCAGAAGAAACGGCCCAAAAACCAUAAGGCGUCGGAGGAAGAAGAAUCGUGGAGGCCAUGUGUUCCACAUCACCUGCCCAACAUGUUUGAAUGCCCCCAACCCUGGACUCCCCUGUACCACACCUGCCACCAAGCUCGCCACGAGCUGUGGGGUUGCAGUGGAGCCCUGUCGCUGCCUCAGGCCACACAGUGGGACGACUUUGAGACGCUGAUGCAGCAGCUGGACAGCAAAGGGUGCAGUCCGGCUCCACAAAUGGUACGCUCCAUCACAGAUCUACACCUCUGUCAAAAUACGUUGACCAGAUUUGGCAGAUCUGACGCCUUCAGACAUCAGCCACUUCUAAUGAAACUGCAGGAUUAUGGGAAAAGUCUGCAAAAACAAGGCGAGAGCGUUGAUUCGUCCCAGCUGGGGCUGCUGGGAAUGCCGCUGCUGAGCAUCAGGGAGAACAGCGAGGCCACAGCAGAGGAUGCGCCGGUGGCUGUCAACGGAAAGAAACCGAUAAAUGAAGCGUCAAAGAAGGUGAAAGGUGGAAGGAGACAGUCCAGUGAUUCUCUGGAAAGCCUCUACAGCCUCAACAGUGGACAAAGCUCCUCCAGUGGAGUCACCAGCGGCUCAGACCUGUCAAGUAACAGUAACAGCCUGAGGCUCGAGGACGACCUCUUCUGUGGCAGAGCCAGAGUCCAUACGGAUCACGUGCCAAGUCCUUAUGACACAGAGUCGCUCAAGCUUCAGGUAGGGGAUGUGAUUGACAUCAUCUCUAAGCCGCCUAUGGGAAUAUGGACAGGAAUGCUGAACGGCAGAGUCGGAAACUUCAAGUUCAUUUAUGUGGACAUGUUGACAGAGGAGAGUCCUGAGCCACACAGUCACAGAGCGAGACACAAAUCAACCGUCCAGGAAGUUUUAAGACGCCUCAGUCUGGAGAAAUACGCCUCGUCUCUGCAGCUGAAUGGCUAUCAGACUGUAGACGACCUGAUAAGUCUGGAGGAGCGUCACCUGGCGAAGCUGAACAUGACUGACCCAGAGCACAGGCGUCGUCUGCUCGCUGCCGUCGACUGCCUGCAGCAACUACUCUCUGAGAGUCCAUCAGAGAAUGAGGUCAGCGAGGAGACCGAGACCCCCGGCAAGAACCAUAGCUACCCAGGAGAUUCCAGCUGCCACACGUCAUCUGACGGCCCUCACGGCAGCACGGGACAUGCACACCUUCAACCCCCUCCACCAGCAGCUUCAGCAUGAGAAUCAUUCAUCAUCAUUCAAUAAAACGGCUGUAUUUUUUACUGCACUGCAAACAACAUGAGCUCAGUUUUAUUUACUGCAACUACAGAAAGACAAAAUAAAUAUUUUC